CAUUGCACGUGCUGAAGACAAUGGCCAAAGUUAAGCUUUCGAGACGUCAAUUAUUGACUUUAUUUAUCGUAGCAUGCGUGAAUUUCUUCUGUUCCGCGUGUGUUUCGCUGCAAGCUCCUUUUUACCCGAAAGAGGCUGAAAAUAAAGGAGCAACGGCCACCGAAUAUGGUCUAGUGUUUGGAAGUUUCGAAUUGGUGGGAUUCUUGACUAGUCCAUUGUUUGGUAAAAUUGUGGAUAGAGUUGGAGCGAAGUUUCUUUUAAGCGUUGGAUUAAUCGUCAGUUCCACUUCGACCAUAUUAUUCGGGUUAUUGGACUUGAUAUCGGGUCGAGCUUUAUUCAUCUCUCUGUCGUUUUUGCUGAGAAUAUGCGAAUCUUUAGGCGCCACUGCAGCCAUCGUCUCUGGAUUCUCAUUAAUCGGUAGCAUGUUUCCGGAUAAUGUGGCCACCAUUUUUGCAACGCUGGAAACAUUUUAUGGAUUUGGAUAUAUCGUUGGACCGACUAUAGGAGGACUUUUAUACAACGUGGGUGGAUUCCCGUUACCAUUUUCGUGCGUAGGAAUUCUAACUGCAAUGGUAGCAGUUUCAUUGCUGAUAUUUGUUCCUAAUAUAACAGAAGGAUAUGGCUGUAUAAGAAAAGAAGGUGCAUUUUUAACAGCUUUCAAAGAUUCAUCCAUAGCUAUCGAUACCAUCAGCGUGAUGGCAUUUGCGAUAAGCGCAGGAUUUUAUAAUGCAACUUUAGAGCCUCAUAUCAGAGUGUUUCAAAUUUCACCAGUAUUAACCGGUUUCAUGUUCGUCAUAAGUGGAGGAACGUACGCCAUCGUGUCACCCAUUUUCGGCAGGAUUGUCGAUAGAGUUCUGAAACCCAAAAGUCUAUUAAUCGUGGGCUGCGUAUUGAAUAUUAUUAGUUUUUCGAUAAUAGGACCAUUGCCAUUUUUACCCAUUCCAUCGACUUUGGGUAUUUGUAUAUUGGCUUUGUUUAUUCACGGAUUCGCUCUGGCAGCCGGAAACGUAGCUACAUUUAUCGAUUCCAUCAGAUCCGCCAUUGAAGCCGGAUUUCCUGAGAAUAUUUCCACGUAUGGGUUAAUGUCCGGUAUUUGGACGUCAGCGUAUGCAUUAGGAGCUUUUAUAGGACCCUCGGUGGCUGGAUUUUUGUACGAUUUUGUCGGAUUUCGUUACGCAACCAUUUUCGUUAUAGUUAUUCACGCGUUAUUGGCGGUCGUUUUAAUUGUAUAUAAAAUACAAAGACGAGGUAAAAAAGGUCGCAAUUUAAAUAACAAUGUAAUCCUCCAAGAUAAAGAUAGUAUUGUUGAAGAAAGCGAUACCAAAGGUUACAACGCGUUCGCGUCUACAAUGUGUCUGAUAACUGAAGCAAACCCUAGAUUUGAAACACAUGUCACUGAAAAGAUUUCCACAGUGAAUGGCAACUGUAAAAAUCAUUCUUACGGAAGUGUUUAAUUACGAGUCAUUUGUUCGUUCCUUGUUUGUAUACCUAGUUUUAUAAUUGUGUAAUAUUUUGUUAAUAAAUUUUAUUCAUUUUUUA